AUGCAACCUCUGAACAAGUUGGUCAUCUCAAAACCUCAGAUCCUGGCUCUACUUGAACAAAGUGAUGUCCCGAGAGAAGAUGUGUCUUGGAAGCAGGAAACCAUCCCCAUCAUGAAGACAUGUGACUGUGAGGCAUCUCGUCAAAAGUUUAGACAUUUCCAGUAUUUGGAAAUGUCUGGGCCCUGUGAAGCCUUGUGCCAACUCUGGGAGCUUCUUCAUGCAAAGAAGCAGAUUCUAUCAUUUUUGGUGCUGGAACACUUUUUGACAAUCCUCCCUGAAGAAGUCAGAAUUUGGGUGAACUUACAAUAUCCAAGGAACAGUAAAGAUGUGGCGUCCUUUAUCGAAGAUGUAAUUAAAAUGCUUAAAGACCCAGAUAUACCCUAUAAGGACUCUACCCCUAAGAAAAGGAGCAUCAAGGAGAAAAUGGAAAUGAACUCACUAAUAGACAAACUCCAGGAACCAGUGGCAUUCAAAGAUGUGGUUUUGGAAUUCAGCAAGGAAGAGUUGGGGCAACUGGACCCUGCUGUAAAGAACGUGUACGGGGAUGUGAUGCUGGAAAGCUUUCAGAACCUGAAUUCACCGUGGAAAGUACAUCUACUUUCCAAACUGGUUGAGAUCCCUUAGUGAGAGAGUAAGAAAAAAGAGAUAAUGGAGGGAGACAUUUCAAGGAGGACAAUUUUUGUUAAGAACCAAGUAGAAAUAAAUCAGCUUCUAAGAAGCUUCUGCAUGAAGACUCGUUCAGAAUACCAAGAUUCAGUUUCAAAGCAGAGAGUUUCUGGAGAAGCAUCAUCCCAUGGAGUGAUAAUGACAAGGCUUACCAGAAGUGAAUAUCCUGUUUUAGAUGUCUGGAAAGAUGAGGGUUGAUUGUAUAGGAACCAGAAAAACUGGGGCAUAAGUUUGCCACAAGAAACUUCCACUUAUAAAGCAAUCUACACUGAGGAGGGAAAUUUCAAAUGUACUGAAAAUAAGAAAAGCUUUGAUGUUAAGUCAAUUAAUUGUGUUACACAACAGGGAAUUUUUAUAAGAAAGGGGUCCUCGAAGUGUGAGAAGUAUAAAGAUAACUUCAAAUUUAAUUUAGAUUCAGUAGGUAAGCAACAUUUAUAAUAUAAUGAAUGUGGAAAUGCUUUGACCUUGAGCACAGAUAUUACUCAAUACCAAGAAAGUCAUACUACAAUGAAUUCCUAUCAGUAUUACCAAUGUGGGAUAGCCUUCAGCCAGAGUUCAACCCUUGUUCCACAUCAGAUCAUUCACACAGGAGAGAAGCCCUAUAAAUGCAGUGAAUGUGGGAGAUUCUUCAAGCAACGUACCAACCUUGCUAAGCAUAAAAAACUUCAUACUGCAGCAAAAGCCUUCAGUAAUAAUGACAGUAAAAAUCAAGUACUCCCCUCUGGAGAUAAAUCUUAUGAAUGUGUUGAGUGUUGAAGAUCCUUCAACCAGAGCUCAUCCCUUAUUCAACAUCAAAUUAUUCACACAGGAGAGAAACCAUUCAAGUGUCAGGAAUGUAAUAAAACUUUCAACAGGAGCUCAAACCUUAUUAAACAUCAAAAACUUCACAUUUGA